GUCGUUUACUCCGUGGCUGCAACGACCUAGUUUCGAAAAGCAGAUGUACGAAAGUUGUUAUUACACAGGCUAGCUAUGGAGCAGCAACUUGCUAAAGAAUUCAACGAAGAGUUUCCUGUUGUAGAAAACUUUGAAAUCAAGGUUCAUGCUCUCAUUGAUGAUUUGUCUGAGAGGGAAGCUCUGUUUCAGAGUCUUAGGGAAUACCAACAUUCAUUGGACUUGAAGCAGCUAAUGGAGGAUCUCCGUAACUUGGUGAACACUCCUGGAAAAAUGAGCAUAUAUGAAGCCCUCAGGCCACUGAUUCCAGUGAAACACCAGCUGGACUACGAGCGUAUGUUGCCACCUGCUGUCUAUGGGAAAAUCAGGGUGAUUCGAUUGAAAAGAAGAGCAAAUGAAAGUCUAGGAUUUGCAGUGAGAGGGGGUUUAGAGCACGGUAUAGGGGUGUAUGUGUCCCAUGUUGAUCCAGAGUCACAAGCCUACCACCAGGGACUCAGGGUUGGAGACCAGAUAGUGAGAGUGAAUGGAUUCACCAUUGAGCAGGCCAUCCAUGAUGAGGUGCUGAACUUGCUGAAGGCAAAGAGUCAGAUCGUUCUGAAAGUCAGAUAUAUAGGAAUGCUUCCAUCCAAAGACCGGGGUGAUGACUUUGUAAGAUGGCAGUUUGUGGACAGACUUGACUCUGGAAAGGCUCUGCAACAUGUCCUUGAGGAUGCAUAUGCCAGGACCUAUCUGUUGGACCAGAGGGAUGUGAAGUUGUUUAUACAUAUCCCUGUAGGAAUGGGUCUGGGCUGCAGUAUUUGCAGUGGUCCCCCUGAACACCCAGGUAUAUUUAUCCAGUCUAUAAAGCAGGGGAGCCUGGCAGAGGAGGCAGGGCUGGAGGUCGGAGAUCAGAUCAUCAAUGUCAAUGGAACCAGCUUUUUUGGGAUAUCCCAUGGGGAGGCCGUAGUGGCACUCAAGGGCAGCCGACAGUUGGAGUUCAUCAUCAGGAAGGGAGCUGGUGCAGAUCUAUUCCGUCCCAACUCUCCAGUCCUGUCAACAGAAGAGCUGCGCGAGAGAGAGCGUCUGCUAGAAAUGAAAGAGAUGGCCAUUCAGAGAGAAAGAGAAAAAAUUGAAAGAAAGGAAAGAGAACACAAAUUACUAGAAACUGAAAGAAAAAGAGAAACAAUGGAAAGAAAACUACGAGAAAAGGAAGCCCGUCAUCAGGAUGCUAUUUCAAGACUCAAACAACAAGAACAAGAAACUAAAAAAGAAGCUGAGGAAAGGAAGAAAACCGAGGAGCAAGCAAAGAGAGAUCAAGAGGAAAAAGAGGAGGAAAUUUUGCAAACCAAACAAGAGCAUGAAGAAAGCAUGACUAAGAUGCAGGAAGAACUGCUGACACUUCAAGAAAGAGAAAAACAACAGAAGGAAAGACUGAAAGAACAGUUGACCCAGGCCAGUAGUUUCAAAUUGCAAAAGCCAGUUUUGAUGAGCCCAGCAUCAAGCAAGACAUCCUCACAGGAGAAGACAGGGACCCCUUACUUUGAUGAUGAUGCCAUAUCAGAAACAGAUUUUGAUCCAGAGAGAUAUUUCACACAUGAGGAGAUAGAGGGCAGACAAGUGAUACUGUUGAAGAUACGACGGAAUGGUCUUCGAGACCUGUCAUUUGAAGGAGGCACAGGCACAGCCCUCCGCGGCAAGAUCAUUGUGACACAUGUCAUGGAGGGAGGAAUAGUUCACAUGCAAGGUGGUAUUCACAAGGGUGACCAGCUGAUGAUGGUGGAUGGUCACAGCCUGGUGGAUGUGUCUAUGGAUGAAGCCAUGAGGCUGGUGGAUGAAGCAGCUGAUAGAGUUGGGGUUCAUGCACAGUUGGUGGUGGCCAAGGCUGGUCCUAAGGAGUAUGAGGAUGAGGUCAUGAGGUCUGGUUCAAAUUCCACCACACCUACUUUUAGAGGCGGCAGUGACAGUGGGGGGAGUCUUAAACCAGUUUUGGAUGGCAGAAGCUCCAGCAGUAGUACCACUAUACCAGAACUGCCCAUCAGUGUCAUAGAUUGACUGAAGGAAAGGAAGGAACUACACACAACUACCUGCCACGUACUAGAAAUAAUAACACUAGAGCCAAAUGUUGUUGUUCUUUACAUUACAAAUUAUUUUUAGUAAUAAUUAUCUUUUCUAGAACACUGUUUGAAGAAAUGCUGGUUUAAAAAAGUUUACAAUUUUAUUGGGAAAAUUUGUUUGUCCAAAUUCUCUAGUCCAUUUUGCAGUUAAAAAUGAUGAAUUGCCCUUCUUGUUUCACCAUCUUUAUCCACAUUCAAGAGUUACUAUGUUUUUUGCUUAUUACAAAUUGUUUGGUGGAGAUUUGUAGCGAUUUUAAGAGUAAACAAGGAUCUCAUAUUAAUUCACUGUUUCGUCAAAUCACUGUGUCACUUUUGAUUCUAAAUCUUACAUUGAAAACCUCUUUCCCUGUAUAUUCACAGAUUAAAAUUGUCACCAACUGUGCAUGGCUACCAUCUGUGAUAUAUACAGCAGAAGCUUGUGUUGGUACAGCUCACCACAGUCUUCAAAACAAUGCCACUUUCAUAUUAAGCAGCAAUAUUUUUAUUUGCCAAAUUAACUCUUUCCAAAAGAUAGAUGACAAGCUGCUGCUCUACAUGAAACAUAAAACUUUGGAGGAAUUUUUUUGUUAUACACCACACAGCCAACUUGACAUACUUUAUAAUUACACAUAGGAUUUUCAAAAGAUACAUUUGCCAAAUUCAAGUCGUUUCUAUUUAAUUUAACACAUGCACAUUCCAUUAGUAGUUGAAGAGCUACCCACAUAGUGAAAUUUUAAAGGUGCUCUCUACAGGAUUUACCUGCCAAAAUGGAUUUUCUUGGGGCUAAUGGCAAUUUUUUCCUCCUCACAAAUCAUUCCUAGACUUAUCCCUGUGCUAGGAAUAGAUGUAUUGUUACAUUUUUAAUUGAAUAAUUUUGACUGGCCAGUUGUAUAGAGAGAUGUCUGCCUUCACGGGCAUGGCCUCAUGUUCACACAAGAAAAUGGUGCAGUGUUUUUAUGACAGACAUUGCAAGCUACCAGACAUGGCAAUUAAAAAGGAUAAUUACCACACUUCAGAUACUUUUAUUUAGAAGGUUUUGUCAUCUUCAAGGUCUGAAUUGGAAAAUAUAGGAAGUUUUUCGGGACAUAAACACAACUGUGGGGGAUUUUAAUUGGUGUGGAGAGUACCUUUAAUUAUUUAGAUUGUGUGCAAUAAGUAAUCUUUUCGGGAAACGAAAAAGUGCAAGAAUUUAUCAGGGAUCGGAGUUGUAAUUCUACUCCACCAUUUUCAAGAUUCAGAUCUCUAAUUCUGGGAUAAUUUAUCCUGUCAAUGACUGGUUCAUUGAGUAUUACAUACUUCUUGCAGUGAUUGUAACAAAUUAGCUAUCAAUGAAGCCAAAAGGGUGCUACAUCCCAAAUAAACAUCACUAGUCACAAUCAGAUUUU